AUGGAAGACGAAGACGUUGCAAUUUGUCUGCUACUCAGUCUUCCGAAGAGCUACGAAAAUGUGGUGCUCAACAUGGAAAUGAGCAGCACCGAGCUUCGCACUCAAGAUGUGGUGAGAGUCCUGACGAAUGAGCAUGCCAAGCGUCAAGGAGAAAAAGGGACAACGACAGCGACUACGGUGAAGGCUGAAGAUGCAAGCAAGGCAUUCAGCGCCGAGCGUGAGCCCUACCAAUGCACGUAUUGUGGCAAGGUGGGACACACGGUGGAUCGUUGCUGGGCAAAGCAGAAGAACGAAGGUCGGGGAGCCCGACGCGGCGGCAAUGGUCGUGGACGCGGGGCUAACAAUGUCCAGUGGGGACAUCAUGAUGAAGGCAAUAGCUCCGAUCUAGUGGCGUUUGCAGUCUCGUUCGAAUGUGGAGUUUCGACGAGCAAGGACGUGUCUGGAAUGUGGGCCGUCGACAGUGGUGCAACGCACCACAUUUGCCACGACAAGACCAAGUUCGCAAGUUUGGCAGAGCGCAAUGAGGGCGAACUCUUGGUGGCUGAUGGCAACAAGGUGGCCAUCAAGGGUGUGGGAACCAUCAUAGAAAAGGUGGUUCUGCCCAACGGUGAAGAGCGUGAGAUCGAAAUCAAGAACGCGCUAUAUGUUCCAAGUAUGAGCAAGAACCUGCUCUCGGUACCACAGAUUAACAGCCAUGGCAAGUUUCAAGUCGUGUUUGACGGGUCCAAGAUGUAUGUGACUCUCAAGAACUCACAGCAAGUGGUGGUAACAGCCGAUCUUGUCGAUGGACUCUACUGGCUUCGGACGACUCAACGAUCAGCGAAUGUGACAACAAGUGGAACCAGUUGUGCCGAUCUACAUGCGAGAAUGGGUCAUGCUCCAGUCGAUGUACUUCGCAAGAUGAUCGCCCCUCGCGACCAACAUGAUCAAGGAUGUGCGAGUCCCUCUCAAGUCGGGUGGAGCAACUACAUGUCGAGGAUGUCAACAAGGGAAGAUGGUCCAAAAACCAUUUCCAAGCAACCGAGACAAGCGCAGCUACGAUACGUUUGA